GGCCCAAGCCGGCCUCGGAGCGAAAGCCGCCGCGGCCCGGGUCCCCGCGCCCAGCCUGCGCCCCGCCGCCGCCGCUGCCGCCCGGCCCGAGCAUGGAGACGGCGGAGAAGGAGUGCGGCGCCCUGGGAGGGCUCUUCCAGGCCAUCGUCAACGACAUGAAGAGCUCCUACCCCAUCUGGGAGGACUUCAACUCCAAGGCCACAAAGCUGCAUUCCCAGCUGAGGACCACUGUGCUGGCUGCUGUGGCCUUCCUGGAUGCCUUCCAGAAAGUGGCUGACAUGGCCACCAACACCCGAGGGGCCACGCGGGAUAUCGGCUCGGCGCUCACGCGCAUGUGCAUGCGCCACCGCAGCAUCGAGACCAAGCUGCGGCAGUUCACCAAUGCGCUCCUGGAGAGCCUCAUCAACCCACUGCAGGAGCGCAUCGAGGACUGGAAGAAGUCGGCCAACCAGCUGGACAAGGACCACGCAAAAGAGUACAAACGAGCCAGGCAUGAGAUCAAGAAGAAAUCUUCAGACACACUGAAGCUGCAGAAGAAAGCACGCAAAGAGCUACUUGGGAAAGGAGACCUGCAGCCCCAGCUGGACAGUGCCCUGCAGGACGUGAACGACAUGUACCUGCUGCUGGAGGAGACGGAGAAGCAGGCGGUGCGCCGGGCCCUGAUUGAGGAGCGUGGCCGCUUCUGCACCUUCAUCACCUUCCUGCAGCCUGUGGUGAACGGCGAGCUGACCAUGCUGGGAGAGAUCACCCACCUGCAGGGCAUCAUUGAUGACCUGGUGGUGCUGACCGCGGAGCCACACAAGCUGCCCCCCGCCAGCGAGCAGGUGAUCAAAGACUUGAAGGGCUCAGACUACAGCUGGUCCUACCAGACCCCACCCUCAUCGCCCAGCAGCUCCAGCUCCCGGAAGUCCAGUAUGUGCAGCGCCCCCAGCAGCAGUAGCAGUGCCAAGGGUGGCGGAGCCCCGUGGCCUGGGGGUGCCCAAACAUACUCACCCGGUUCCACCUGUCGCUACCGCAGCCUGGCACAGCCAGCCACCACCAGCGCCCGCCUCUCCAGCGUCUCCUCCCACGACUCUGGCUUCAUCUCCCAGGAUGCCACCUACUCCAAGCCCCCCUCGCCCAUGCCUUCAGACAUCACCAGCCAGAAGUCCUCCAGCUCAGCGUCCUCCGAGGCCUCGGAAACCUGCCAGUCCGUCAGCGAGUGCAGCUCCCCUACCACGGACUGGGCCAAGGCCGGCCCCCACGAGCAGCCCUCAGGCACCACCCUGCAGCGGAGGAAGGACCGAGUGGAGCUCCUCCGAGACACAGAGCCAGGCCCGGCUAGCGGGGGCACCCUGGGCCCCAGUGGAGAGGAGGCCCCGCGACCCCGCAUGUCCCCUGCCACCAUCGCAGCCAAGCACGGUGAGGAGGUGUCGCCCGCGGCCAGUGACCUGGCCAUGGUGCUGACCCGCGGCCUGAGCCUGGAGCACCAGAAGAGCAGCCGGGACUCCCUGCAGUACUCGAGCGGCUACAGCACGCAGACCACCACGCCCUCCUGCUCCGAGGACACCAUCCCCUCCCAAGGCUCCGACUACGACUGCUACUCAGUGAACGGGGACGCAGACGGGGAGGGCCCACCCGAGUUCGACAAGUCGUCCACCAUCCCUCGCAACAGCAACAUCGCCCAGAACUACCGCCGCCUGAUCCAGACCAAGCGCCCGGCCUCCACUGCGGGGCUGCCCACCGCCGGGCUGCCCACCACCUCGGGCGCACCCCCUGGCGUGGCCACCAUCCGCCGCACGCCCUCCACCAAACCCGCCGUGCGCCGCACCCUCUCCAGCGCCGGCCCCAUCCCCAUCCGGCCGCCCAUCGUCCCCGUGAAGACGCCCACGGUGCCCGACUCCCCCGGCUACGUGGGGCCCACGCGGGCAGGCAGCGAGGAGUGCGUCUUCUACACCGACGAGGCCGCCUCGCCCCUGGCCCCGGACCUGGCCAGGGCCUCCCCGAAGAGGCUCAGCCUGCCCAACACAGCCUGGGGCAGCCCGUCCCCCGAGGCCGCCAGCUACCCGGGGCCGGGGGCCGGGCUGGCGGCCGAGGACGACGAGGCGCAGCAGCAGCAGCUGGCCGCCAACCGGCACAGCCUGGUGGAGAAGCUCGGGGAGCUGGUGGCCGGCGCCCAUGCCCUGGGUGAGGGCCAGUUCCCCUUCCCCACUGCCCUGUCGGCCACCCCCGUGGAGGAGACUCCCACCCCGCCCCCCGCUGCCACCAGCGACCCCCCGGCUGAAGACAUGCUGGUGGCCAUCCGGCGCGGGGUGCGGCUCCGCAGGACCGUCACCAAUGACAGGUCGGCGCCCCGCAUCUUGUGAUCCCAGCCUCUGGCCCGGGCGAGGCAGGUGGCCUGGUCGGUGGGCAGCGGCCACUCAGAGCAAAGGCACAGUCAGGAGCGAGCGGAGCCAGGCAAGCUUUUUUUUUUUUUUUUUUUUUUUUUUAAAGUCAUACGAGGCAAAGCCACUUUAUUGGAAAGAGACACCCAUCUUGGAUUUCAAGGUUUAAACAGGAAAUGACUUAACAAACCUCACCAGGAUGGAGCCUGCGGGCCUGGAACUUGGAUUUGGAGCCUGUUUCAACCUUUGCUUGCAAACUCUGUCCCUCCUCUUCCUCCUUUCGGGCCCUGCCUUUUCCUGGUGUGGGUGAGCCCCAGAGCCACGCUCCCCGCCCACAGCAGCGGGGCCGGGCCAGCCUCUCCCCGUCCCACCAGCCUGGCUGGGCCCGCAGUGCCACUGCUUAGCUAGCCUAGCCCGGCUUCUCGCCAUCUCCCCAGGGACGGUGGCCUUGGGCUCUUCCGGAAUGCUAGCCCAUCCCGCCCUGACUGAGCUCCCUCCGCCUCCCUCCUCCGUCGUCUCAUCUCUCUGCCUCUCCAGGCUCCUCUCCGUAGGGGAGCAGGGCCGACAGAGAGCAGCUGUGCAAGGGCCAGGGGCCCAACCGGCUAAGGUAUCUGGUUUGCUGAGAAAGCUCUACGGGAUGGCUGGCUGUUGGGGGGUUGGUGGGGAGGUUGCAGCUGGGAGCCCAGCCGCCGUCGCUGCCGCUGCCGUCGUCGUCGUCGGGGAAGGGGGUCCGGGCCCAAGUCAAGCCUCUUGGGGAAGACAUGCAGGGGACCUGCUUGGAGGAGGCUGGGGACCCUGAAGCAGCAUCCCCUCCUCCCAGGGGCGGCUGGGGUUGGAGGCAGGGCGGGGCUGGGCAGUGGGGAAGAAGUCCAGAGGCUAGGGGUCACCUGGCCAGUCCCCCAGGAGCUGCUUUCAGAUGCCGUCGCCAUCCGGGCACAUGGCGACCGACCCUGUGGACCCUGGUGACGGUUUCAGCCACCUCUGGGGAUGGGGGCUGGAGCUGGGGGCGGGGGCAGGGGGGACGGGAGGGGGUUCUUUUAUGAACACAUAAUAAAAUGAGCUGACCGGACAAGGACUGCUUGUGGGGACAGGGUAGACAGUACAGGGUGUGUCCAAGAGUGCCUGAGGGACAGGGGUGCCCACACUGGCCGUUGGGCCUGUGGCAGGAGGAGGGCCUAAGGGCUCCAGAGGCCAGAGAGCAAAGUCGCAGUGAGGUUGGAAAGGGCUGGGGGCUGGGCCUCCUGCCGGUCUGCUGCGGACCAAGGGGUGGGGGUGGGGGUGGGGGUGGGGGGGGGGGGCAGUCGGGGGAGAUUAGCUUUGACUCUGUUGUCAGAGGAGACGCCCUCCCAGGAUGGUCCAGGCAGCGGGGAGCGAGGUGGCGAGUGUCCCCGCACCAUGUUGCGUGCCAGCUCCAAGCAGGUAAAAGCACGUGUGCCAAGGGCGAGCGGAGGACUUCCUGCAGCCCCGCAAGGCAGCUGAGCGCGGCCAGGGCGGCAGGGUCACGGUCACGGGGCAGGGGCCCCUCCCGGGGUCAGGAGAGCUGGCUUUUCCUGGUCUGGAUGGAGCCCGGGCUCCUGGUAGUUCUUGUGCCGGAAACGGGGGGUCUAGGCACAGCAGCCAGGCGGGUGUGGGGAACCAAGGAUGCCCCUGAGUGGAUGGAGCCACGCGGGGUCCCCGAAAGCGGGUGGAGAACGGUACCUGUAAGUCGCUAGGUCGGAGAAAGGAGACUUGCUGAGCGCACCACACCUGGAGGAGGGCCGGGUGAGGAAGGAGCCGGCAGAGCAGGUGGCCUGUAUUUGAAGGCUUGGGGCGGGGCUUACACUGCCCCUCACCACAGGGUUUGCCCAGGUGGGCUGAUUUAAGAUGCAGGUUAUGUGAUGUGAGCAGGGUAAGGGGCAGUGGGGUGCGGGGUAGCUGAGUCCCCAUGAGGAAGAGCUUGCCCCUGGGGAGGGGGAUGGCUUCGGAGACCCAGGGAGGGGGUGGGUGUGGCACAGCUGCCCCACCCCCCACCCCAACCCAUACUCCAGUGGCGCCCUUCCCCUCCAAGCCACCCCCAGGGCUGUACAUAACUCCUCCAUCCCCUUGAUCGCCUCUCGUCCAUUUAGUGACCAUCUUGUAGGCCCAUCCCUUUGGGAUCCGAGCCAGCCAUCCCGCAUCACAAACUUUGGUUUGGGGGACUUCUUUAUGUUUGUUUCAUUUUUCUUUUUGUACAGAGAAAUAUUCUUUUCAAAAAGUGUCUUUUGACUGAAGUAACUUUUCUGGUGCUGUUGUUAACUUGUUCCUUUUUUUAAUUUAUUUCCCCACCCCAGGCCCCCCCCUCCUGGUUCCUACUCACUUUUUCUUCCCUCCACCACCCCCUCACCGCCCCCAUCCCAUCUGAACCAUUUUGUUUCUUUUCUUUCUGUCCGUUUUUGGAUAAAUGAUCCUCUCCUUCCCCCCCCCCACCCCCCUGCAACCCACCCUCUCCUUGAUUUAAAUAGUCACUGCUACAAGUAACAAAUGCACUGUGAAGAUUCCAGUAUUAAUAAAGUUGUACUGUAAUUAACACCCCUGCCUCCGCCUGGCUUCCUCCACCGCUGCUCACCGGGCAGCACCCCAGCCCUUGCCCAUCCCAGAUCCCCGCUGGGGGCAGGGCUCCGUGAUGGGGGGGUGGGGGGCGUGCAGGAGUCACCAGGUCUCAUGCCAGAACCCGUGCCUUUGAAUGCCUCAGCUCUGUCCCUGCUGGGGGCAGUCUUGGGGCUGCCAGA